GUCCCUGAUUCGUGCGUCGAAUCUCCGUCAUCUUCCGGCGGGUCUUUGGAUGCGCUUUCAUCAUCAACCUCAGUCAUUCCUUCUAUGUACAAUCCAAGGUUCUUUACUCCAAGUGACUUGGAACUCCCAAUGUCAUUUCGUACUUCUUCAGGCAGACGUCUCGCAUCUCCUAACGAACUUUCUUAUUUUAGGACUUUAGCUGCUUCUUUUCCAACCUGGUAGAUAUUGUUUCCCCAUCCCCAUCCCCAUUCCCCAUUCCCCAUUCACCAUUCAUCCCUUUCUCCAGGACCCUCGAUCGCCUCCCCCGCUCUUCUAACAACACCUGGACUCCUUUCAGGGUUCAAAGUCACUGACAUUGACCGCUUAUCUGUCUACCUAGUAUCUUGCAUUGACUGAAUUUCGAGUCGCAAGUUCCAAAGAAAUAAAAAGGACAUAUUGUCCUCUUCAUCGCUGUGCUUCCUUGGAUUCUCCUUUCCAAGUCAUAACCUAUAACCAGAAUUCUAGCACAAUUCACGUACUUAGCAUAGUCAAUAUAAGACAGAGUUCUUGCAGUAUUCGUUUUACAGCAGUCAGAUCAUUUUUGUCUGUUCAUAUUUCGUACAUAAACCAAAACCCUCUCAUCUUGCGACAUCUUAUAUCAGCUCGUUGCAGUGCAAGGGAAGCAGUCGGCGCAUCACUUUCUCGCGGUGAAUAUCUUUUUGUUCCCCAGUCUCCAGACGUUUCUAACACGGGUUUAUUUUAGAAAAUGACGUAUGCUCAGCCAGAUGUACAAACCAGCGAUGAGCUCGCUGCGAUGUUCUCUCGGAACCUAACACUACAUCCCCAACCAGUCCAAGCUCAAGAGACACCGAGACCCCAACAAUUAGAGCCGGAGAUAACAUAUUCCAUCUCUCAACACUACCACCAUUCCGCCCAUCUCGUUCACCAAGAUGAGCCUCCAGUUGAGCACCAGCGUCCAUCUUCAGAGCCCCCACAAACACAAGAGCCGUCAGCCGAGUCUAUUUUGAAUAAACAUGGUAUUAACCAUACAGGUCUGUCCGCAUCGCAGCUCGAACUCUUUAAGACUGCCGAAGACUCCCAGAAACUUCGCCUUAUUCAAUUAUGGCAAAUUUGCCCCCCUUCAAAUGCCCAGGACAAUCCAGCUGCUGCUUGGUCUAAUACGACAGUUGAGCAAGAAGAAUUCUUAGCCCAACUCCGCUAUGAGCGUAGAGUGGCGGAAGAGGAGCAAAAGAACUCGAUCAUGUCAAUGGACGGCACACCCCUGACACCGGUUCAAACAGGAGACGGAAGAUGGGUGGCUAUGACUGAUGUUGAGCCCUACAUGAUGUCUGGCUACGAAGCUUUGGCUCGGCGAGAAUACGAAGAAUCCGCUAGGCAACAGUAUCAGGAGGCUAUGACGAUACCCAAAGACGUAUAUAGCCAUUUUGGCACCGCUGUUGGUGGACCUACCUACCGCCCUGCGACGGAUCCUGUGUAUGAUAGCGACUGGAUGAGACAGCAACAAGCUAUGGAGAACCAAUACGGGGCAUUUCAACAGAUGGACAGUAUGGAACUAUAACUUAACUUGUACAUAUAUCUCUUGGUAAAUCAGAACAGCAGGCUAGCGUAGUUUACUCUACGUAGAUAGUUAACUCCUGAAGGGCUACUGGGAAUGAAUGACACGAGAGAGGACAUAUCACGGGUUGGAGAAGAGGCUUUGGUGGGUUGGGAGUGUAUUCAGAUUGGACUGCACAUACAUCAAUUCAUGUCAUCAUGGGACGGAGUUGAGGAUUUCUCCCUUCAUAGCUUUUAUAUCUCUUCCCCCAUCCCCUCUCACGACUCAGUGUAUGGCUAACCCUUCUAACUUCCAGUCACUCGGAGAUCAUAACACCCUAUUUGAGGAGGUAUGUAUAUCCAUUACCCCUCCAGAAUCCCAACCCGUAGAAUACCCAUCCACGACUUUAUUCCCUUACCCCCAUCAACGACGGCAAACAAAAUCUAUCUCCCUUCACUCCUUUUCAAUUACAUUAUACGUACGUACCUAGGUAUACUAUCAAAAUAUUUCACGGGCAUUAUCUAUUUAACAUAAUAGAACAAAAGAACCGCAAUGAAUGCUAUUUUAUAGGUACCUACCUACCUAUUGACUACAUAUGUUCUGAAGUUAUGACCGAGUGAUGGAAAUUAUACCUACCCUGUUAAAUGCCUUAGGUAGAUAAUUGCCCGGG